AUGCAAGAUAUUAGCAGAGAAGAAGUGAAAAGUGUGGUUAGGAAAAUAAAGAUGGGGAAAGCAGUAGGAACAGAUCGGACUUCAGUUGAGGCUUGGAGAGGUUCGGCUAAGGAGGGAAUUAGUAUUUUCUCAGACCUUAUGGAGAAACUCUGGCAGCAGCAAGAAAUCCCAGAUGAUUGGAUGAAGAGCAUUCUGGUGCAGACUUUUAAAAGUAAAGUGGAUGUACAGAAUGGUGGAAAUUACAGAGGUAUAAAGUUGUUGUACCAUACUAUGACGAUUUGGGAGAAAAUUAUACAAAGAUGGAUGAGUCAGGGAUCUGAGAUUAAAGAGGAACUGUUUGGCUUUUUGGCGGAAAAAGUACGACUGAAUGUAUCUGCUAUCUUUGCUCUGAAAAAGCAGAUUUAA